UACUUAUAUAUUCAGCCGCCACUCCGAAAUUCAAUCCAUCUUCUAAAUUCUUAGGAGAUUCAGAUCCAGGCUCCAGCAAUUCAGCAAAACAUAAAAUCAAAUGGGGAGGCCGGAAAAACAGAGCAGAGACUCGAACGACAACGUCUCGGCGUCUUCUUGUAAGUUCAGGGGAGUGAGGAAGAGGAAUUGGGGGAAAUGGGUGUCGGAGAUUCGGCUCCCCAACAGCCGGGAACGGAUUUGGCUCGGCUCAUUUGACUCGCCGGAGAAGGCGGCACGGGCAUUCGACGCCGCACUUUUCUGUCUCCGCGGUAAGAAUGCUAAUUUCAACUUCCCCGACGACCCUCCCGACAUCGCCGACGGCGGGUCUUUGUCCCACGACCAAAUCAAGGUCGUGGCGGCCCGUUACGCCAAUGCGGAGACCCGGGUUAGCGAGUCCGGUCCCUGCAGUGAGAUUGUUCCGGAUCCAUCGACCUCGCUUUCGUCAUCGUACUCCUUCGAUGCCGAGUCGCCUUCUCAGUUGAUUUGCCACGGGCCGGGCCACCGGUUUGAAAGUGAAAUGACACCAACAACCUUUGAGGACGACGGAUUUCUGCAGCGUUUCUUCGUCUCCUCUUCAUUGAACGUUCCUGGUGAAAAUAAAGUAACGGAGUUGGGGUAUUUUUCGGAAUUUGAUCAUUUUUGCGAUGACAGUUAUUUCCCACUGCCUUUACCGGCAACAUAUGACCACAUGGAAGACCAAUAUGCUGAAUUUACUUCACAGGAAUCAUUUCUCUGGAAUUUUUGAAGCAACGCUUACAUCUUAGAGGAAAUGGGCAAAAUCAUUGGUCCGGGAUUUUUUUUUUUUGCCACUGGACCUGAUUAAUGGCACUUUUGUUCUUUCAGAUUUUGAGAUACAAAUAUAGGUGUAAUAUUUUAUGGAAAAUAUGAUGCCACUGGUUAGUUCCUGUCCUAAGAUUAUGACAAGGCAGUUUCAUCUUGAAAAAAUGUGUUUGCCCACACCAAUUUUGCAAUUCCUUGACAAAAC